AGCGCACAGCCGUCCGCGUAAGACGCACGGAGUGACGCAACGCGAAAAAAAAAACAUUCCAUAUUUUAUCUGUGAUACUCGUAUUAUGUUCGACAUUUAAAAACAGAACGAAUAAUUUAAAACGCUUCCAUUCAUAAAAUGUCCCGCGCCUCCGCUUUCAAAACGGUAUUUUAAAAUCGAAAAUGACAAAAUACAAAUUGAACAACACGGUGCGGUCGUCUUCGGAAGUCACCCUGACGUCCUACAUGUCCGGGAGUAUGGAGGGGAAGAAGGAAAACGUUUAUCAGAUACAGAUGGACCCGGACAACAUUGGUUCGAACCAGACGUUAGACGCUAUAGACGGUAAAUGCAACGUGUGCCCUAGUUCCUGCGAUUACAACGGGAAGCUGGCUGCGUCCUUAGAGAAGUCCUGUAGCAGGUUCGGAUUGAAUGAAUUAAAAGUGGAGAAUUUAGAAGAGGUGUGUCUGUGUGAGAGGUACAAUGGUGGGUGUAAACUGUGUCCACGGUCCAGCCCGGCGCCAACUCUUACCAUCAACCUGGAAGGUGGUCAAAAGGAGUGUCUCUCGUGCCACGGAACAUCUUUAUAUCCUAAUACAAAUGGUUCCUACCCCGGCCCCGGUUACCCAAAGAAGAGUAGAUGGCGAGGCGACGUUGCGAAGCGAGCGAAAGCGUGCUGUUCCAAGAAGACUUUACUCCGAAGAAUACCCAUCCUGGCUUGGCUUCCAAACUACAAUGUGAGGCAUGGACUGGCAGAUGCCAUUGCAGGUCUGACUGUCGGUCUGACAGUGAUCCCGCAAGCGAUAGCCUACGCGAACGUAGCCGGUCUACCUCCGCAGUAUGGCCUAUACUCCUCCUUCAUGGCUUGCUUCGUGUACACGAUAUUCGGUUCUGUAAAGGACUCCGCUAUCGGACCCACGGCAAUAGCUGCUAUACUGACGAGAGAAAACCUACAUGGUCUGGGCCCGGAAUUCGCAGUGCUUCUGGCGUUUUUGUCUGGUUGCGUCGAACUUGUUAUGGGCAUUUUACAGUUGGGUUUUCUCAUCGACUUCAUAAGCGGUCCUGUGUCUGUGGGAUUCACGUCAGCAGCUGCCAUCAUAAUCGCGACCACGCAAGUCAAGGACAUCCUUGGCUUGAGCUUCCCAGGUGGCAAGUUCCUUCAGGUGUGGUCGGGUAUUUAUGAGCACAUCGGCGAGACGAGGCUGUGGGACUCGGUGCUGGGACUGUCCUGUAUUAUUGUGUUGCUUUUACUUAGGAAAGUAAAAGACAUCAAGUUCACCGACAGUUCAGACAGCGCGAGCGAGGUUGCCGGUAUCCCGGCGACGUUGCCGCAGAGCCGCGCGCGGGUCGGCGCGUCACAAGCUCUCUGGUUCCUCUCAACCACACGGAAUAUAUUGGUUGUGUUGGUGUGUUCUGGUCUCGCGUACUACUUCGAUACAAAGAACCAGACGCCGUUUAUGUUGACUGGUACAGUUAAACCAGGGUUGCCAGAAUUCUCUCCCCCACCGUUCUCAGCGACGGUCGGAAACCACACUUACACGUUUAUGGAGAUGACUUCUACGCUCGGUUCUGCCAUAUUUGUUGUGCCUUUGUUAUCUAUAUUGGAAAACAUCGCGCUGGCUAAAGUUUUCUCGGAAGGCAAACACGUGGACGCUACACAAGAGAUGAUAGCGCUCGGUGUGUGUAACAUCGUGUCCUCCGUGGUGGACUCCAUGCCGGUGUCGGGCGCGCUCUCCCGCGGCGCGGUGAACCACGCGUCGGGCGUCGCUACACCCGCGGGGGGGCUCUAUACUGGGGUGCUUGUGCUGUUGGCUUUACAAUAUUUUACUCCAUACUUCUACUACAUACCCAAAGCGUCGUUGGCGGCAGUGAUAAUAGCGGCUGUAGUGUUUAUGAUGGAGUUGCAUGUAUUCAAACCAAUUUGGCGAACUAAGAAAUUAGACAUAAUCCCCGCAGUAGUGACAUUCGCGACAUGUCUGUUGGUCCGUCUGGAGCUCGGGAUCGUGGCUGGUAUUGCUGUCAACUUGGUGUUCCUGCUGUAUGCGUCUGCCAGACCCUCUGUUAGGGUGUCUAGAGCUAUUUCAAGUGACGGCGUGCCGUACGUGCUGGCGACAGUGGACCGCGCGCUCGCGUUCCCGUCCGCGGAGUUCGUGCGGCGCGCGCUGCGCAAGGCGCCUGCCGACGCGCCGCUCGUGCUCGACGCGCACCACGUGCAGGCCGCCGACUUCACCGCGGCAAGGGGCAUAAAAUCCCUGAUCGACGACUUCCACGCUCGCGGGCAGACGCUAAUCUUCUACAACGUGAAGCCGUCCAUAGCGGAUGUGUUCCGCGGCGUGCGCCCGCGCGAGUUCCUGCACUGCUCACAUCGGGCGGAGUUGGACAGACUGCUGCUGAACAUCACUAGAGGGACGAAGCAGCCAUCUUGAAACCAACUUCGGAUACAUGUAUGGUGUUUCCUCAGAGAUGAGCGGACUUUGUUUCUAUUCAACUAUAUCGAAGUAUGAACAUAACACUAAGAAACAGGGUACAAAGAGAGAUUAAAUGUUUGUGAUAAUCGAUUAUUUAUACUUCCUAUCACAAUUUAUUGCUCUUUUUUAAAUUUAAAAAUUGUAAAAAAUAUCUUAUAAAUAUGAGUUAAAAUAUUUGUAAGUAAAUAAAAUUGUAUGUAAAACUACCUAUAUGUAAUAGAUAAUUUGAGUAGCGUGCUGUGUGAAGAGGCAUAAGAAUCUUUACAGUAUUAUCUUAUUGUUGAUGGAAUAAAGAUUUCUAAAGUUA